CCGUCAUCUCGCCAAAAGGAAUCCUCGCCUAUCAUGCCCUUCAAUCUUAUGCAAUCAUCGACCAGUCAGUUCUCAAAAAGGCGACAUCUUAACAACACUCAUGGUAUUUUCCUUCACAUUACUCACAUCGCGCUUUUACUGCUGCAAGGAUCGCAAACAUGUUAACCAGAUCGCUUCACACCACUAUUCGGAUUUCCGGCAGAAGGCAAUACGCUACCGCAAUUGCAGCUGCUCGCUUGGUCCCAAGUCAGCCGCAAAAGCCUAAUGUGGUGACAAACACUAUCCCAGGACCGAAAGGGAAAGAGCUCUCUGCGGCUAUUGGCAAAUUCCAAGAUCCUCGGGCUCAUACCUUGGUAGCUGACUACAACAAGAGCUGUGGUAACUACUUGGUUGAUGCCGACGGCAAUGUUCUGUUGGAUAUGUUCGCUCAAAUUGCCUCCAUUGCCAUUGGUUAUAACCACCCGGAUUUGAUCAAACUCGCCAAAACGGAUAAGUUUGCAUCUGCUGCCAUGUCCCGCCCCGCUCUCGGAUCUUACCCUCCUGUUGAUUGGGCCGAUACGGUCAAUGAAGGAAUACUGAAGGUUGCACCCAAGGGCUUGAACCAGGUUUUCACCACACAGGAUGGAUCUUCGGCGACUGAAGGCGCUCUUAAGGCUUCCUUCCUGUCGUACCAAGCCAAGCGAAGAGGGAAUAGACCCUUUUCGGAUGAAGAGAUUGAGAGCGUUUUGGAAAAUCAAUCCCCUGGCUCUCCGGAGCUGAGUGUGCUUAGUUUCAAAGGUGGAUUCCACGGCCGAAACUUGGGGUCUCUCAGUUUGACCCGAAGCAAGCCCAUUCACAAGCUUGACAUGCCUGCCUUCGAAUGGCCAGCAUGUCAAUUUCCCGACAUUAAGUACCCUCUAGCAGAGAACACUGAACACAAUCAAAAGGCUGAAGCAGCAGCUUUGGCUCACGUGGAGGAGACAAUUCGAGUCUGGUCUAACAAGAAACCGAUUGUGGCAAUGAUUAUUGAGCCCAUCCAGUCAGAAGGCGGUGAUCGUCAUGCCUCUGCCGACUACUUCCGAAAGCUUCGUCAGAUCGCCAAGAAACAUGACAUCUACUUCAUUGUGGAUGAGGUCCAAACUGGGGUAGGAGCCACCGGCUCAUUCUGGGCGCACGACAAAUGGGAACUUGAGGAGCCUGCGGACUUUGUGACCUUCAGUAAGAAGACCCAGGCCUCUGGCUUUUACCAUAACUUGUCUACCCGAGCACCUUUUGCCUAUCAGGCUUACAACACGUGGAUGGGUGAUCCUAUUCGAGCCCUUCAAGCGCGAGAGAUGUUCAAGGUGAUCGAGCGAGAUGGUCUCAUUGAGAAUGUUGCUCGUGUGGGAGAUUAUAUCUACAAGAACCUGGAGCAUUACGAAGCUAGUGGGAACAUCCUCAACCUUCGAGGUAAAGGGCAAGGCACCUUCAUCGCUUUUGACCUGCCAUCACCAAAGGAGCGUGACCAAUUCAUUUCCCAAAUGCGUCUUCAAGGAGUAAAUCUUGGUGCUUGCGGUUCGCAAUCUGUGAGAUUAAGGCCUAUGCUGGUGUUUGAGCAAUCUCACGCCGACCUCUUCCUUGAAAAGCUGAGAAACGUCUUAAAAUAGUCAUCUUUUUCAAAUCUUAUUCAUUUUCUGGAUAUGCGCAAUGCAUCAGUUUUUGGCUUG